AUGGUAGUGAAAGCCUUCUUUGAAUACCUGCUAGCGUUUGAUGUCGAGAACCUUCCCAACACUUCCAAGAAGCUGAAAAGCAAGGCCAACCUGUUCCUUUCUGGGCUGCGUCCCCAGGGCGACAGAGCGGAGGUCUACCGAGAGCUGGAGAGAGUCUUGCAGGGCGAUGACAGCCGCGUGCAGAGCGCUGUCCUGGCCAGAGUGAUCGCAGCGGCCUCGAGGGACAUGAGAGUGGCGCAGGGUGUGACGGAGGAGGUGCGGAUGGCCGCCAGCGACGUCCUGGUGGCUCUGGCCCGCUCCCACUUCGACAGUGUCAUGUACGAGCUGCAGUGCCACCUGAGGGCCCUGGGAGAGAUCUCCGAGGACCUCGUGUUCGUCACCUUGGGCAAGCUGGCCAGCAGCUACGCCCUGCGGUGCGUCCCCUUCGUGGGCAUGACGCUCUUCGCCCUGCGCACGAUGCUGAGCCAGGUGGGGAGCAGCCGGACCCUGCGCGCCGUCUGCAGCGUCCUGGAGCAGUGGUCGAAGGCCGUGAACACCUACCUGGGCGCCUGGGAGCAAUGCAGCUUCCCGCGCAUGGGGCAGGCCCAGUUCUGCAGCAGCGUUUCCCCGCUCUUCCACCAUGUGGUGGGGAGCUGGCUGGGCUGUGAGGAGGAGGAGGCCAAGCAGGCUGUCCUGGGGGCGAUGGCUGCCAUGAUGGGCCUCCUUGUGCGCAAGGAAGAGCACCGCGAGCGCGUGUGGGAGCAGCUCCCCUGGCUCCUGGGCCAGUACCAGCAGGUCCAGGACACUUUCCGGGUGACCAAGGCUCUGAGUUAUUUUCUGGAGAUUUUGGGGGAAAUGCAGAUCCCCAUCCCCCAGGACGAGGUCCAGGCCUUCGGCACCGCUGUGCACUGCCAGGUGGCGAGGGCAGUUCUGCGCUUCACCAAGGAGCUGCUGGGCUGCAGCGUCCAGAGCUGCUCGGCCUGGGAUCUGGUGGCCCACGUCUUCGCCACGUUCAGCCAGGCCUCCGGCAGACUGGCGCAGAGAAAGCUGUCUCAAGCAGAAGCACAGGAAGCAGCAGAUCUUCAAGCCCUGUGCUUGGACAUCCUGCGCUCUCUGGAUGUCUCCGUCCAGGGGAUGACCAAACUCCUGUGGCCGCGGCUGCUGCAGUACGUGGUGCCAGCCCAGUACGCCGGCACGUUGGUGCCGCUCUGCCGGUGCCUGCGAGAGCUGGCCGAGAGCCGGGGGAGAGCAGGGGGCAAGGACGGAGAGGAGGAGCCCGAUGUCGUGGCCUCCCGGGAGUGA